AUGGAGCAGAAAAAAAGGGUUUCCCGGGAAACAAACAGUGAAACUGAAACAGAAAGAGAAACCAGAGAGAGGGAGAGGAAAACGGAAGAUGAAGGAUAUAAGAUAUUCAGAGGCAAUGGCGAUAAGAGCAGUGGAGUUUGUCCCGGAAGGGGUACUUAUAGUGGAAGAAGGCGGAGGAUAGGGAUGAGUGCGGACUGGGGGGGCCCAAACGGUGAAAUACCAGAAAGGCAAGCAAUUAAAGAAUGGAAUCCAAUGUUACUUUGUGGGGUCCAGUCUCGACCGCCCAAUUAUAACCGGCGAUAUUUGCCAGGCUUGGCGAGUUAUGUACCUCAUUUCAAGAAUUUGGAGAAGCGGGGAUUACGGUCUGACUCGGUGUGUCCUUUGUGCAAGGCGGAGCCGGAGGAUUCCCAUCAUCUAUUAUGGUAUUGUAGCACGUUAUGGCAGCUCUGGUUCUAUUUGAAACUCCCUAUGGGUUUUGGUGAUUUCUCAUCCGAUGGAACAACAAAUUUUGUAAAGGCUUUUCUAGCAAUGAAUAUGAAUUCUAGACAACUCAGUGCUAUUUCUUUGUGGGCACUUUGGUAUAAAAGAAAUAAGCUUGUUUAUGAGGAUUUAAAAUUUGAGCUCUUUGAAGUAGUGGGUUUUAUCCAGGGCUACUUUCAAGAAUUUAAUCGGGCCAAAGCUAGAGAAUUGACCGCCGGUAUAAAAAGGGAUGUUGCUUGGAGACCUCCGCAAUCUGGAAUUAUAAAGUUGAAUUUUGAUGCUUCUUUCCUGAGUAUUUCAAAUUGUUCUAUUUCAGCUGUGUUAGCCAGGGAUUCUGAAGGUUUAAUUAUGGGUGCAUGUACGUACUCGGUGGUGGACAUUGCAGAUGCGUUUGUGGCUGAGGCGAGAGCUGGUGAACGGGCUCUUCUUUUUGCUCUGGAUAUGGGUUUUCGGAAAGUGAUAUUGGAGGGCGAUUCACUAACUGUUAUUAAGAAGUUAAUCUCACAUAGCAUUGAUAGAUCUGUUCUUAGUCCGAUUUCUCAGAAUAUUCGAGGUUUGGCAGAAGCUUUUGAAGAGGUCACUUACAAUUUCAUUCCUAGAGCAGCAAAUAGAGCGGUGCAUGAGUUGGCGAUGGUUGGCCGGAACCAGAAUUUACCUUGUUUUUGGGUUGAAGAAGCACCUGCAAAAGUUAUUGAAUUAGCGGAGUUGGAUCGACAUGAGUGGUUUCGUCGGGACUGA